AUGACCAACACCGUCGUGCAAAACUUCGCUGCGAAUGUCUGCUUAGCAACAGGCUCAUCACCCAUCAUGUCGAUGAAUGGCAAGGAAGCUGGCGAUUUGGCAAAGCUAGGUGGUGCAUUGGUCAUCAAUAUGGGCACUGUUACUUCAGACACGCUAGACGCAUAUGUCGCUGGCAUGAAAGCUUACAAUGAAGCCGGCAAUCCAGUCCUACUCGACCCUGUUGGCGGUGGAGCUACAAGUUUGCGCCGGCAGACGAUCCAGACACUUCUUCGUGCAGGCUUCUUCAGUGUCAUAAAAGGAAAUGAGGGAGAGAUUGGGGCCGUCGCAGGCACAACAGAUGUGCAACAAAGAGGCGUCGACUCUGGACCAUCAUUUUCGACCGCUGCGCAGAAGAUCGCAAUGGUCCGCAGCCUUGCUGAGACGCAGAGAUGUGUUGUACUCAUGACCGGAGCCACCGACUACCUGUCUGAUGGGGACAGAACUUUGAGUAUCUCGAAUGGCAGUCACUGGUUGGGCAGAAUCACUGGCAGCGGGUGCGCCUUGGGAAGCGUGAUCGCAAGCUACGUCGCAUUGCACCGCAGCGACAAGCUGGUGGCCACAGUAGCCGCUUUGCUACACUAUGAGAUCGCCGCCGAGCGGGCGGAGAAGCUGUGUCAUGGACCAGGAUCUUUCAUUCCAGCAUUCCUUGACCAGCUAUACUUGCUAGGGACAGAGAUUCGAGACGGCAAAUAUGACAACAUCGGGUACGACGCCCGAAUAGAGUGGCUGUGA